UCAUUUUUGCCUUGUUUUUUGUUUUUGUUAUUUAUUUGUGACUCUAACUCCUGAUGCUUUAGCUCUUUGUUAUUACUUAAGUCAAACAUAAAAAACAAACAAAAGAAAACAAAGGACUAUUUGACAUUGUUUGGUUUUUGUGUGUGCGUGUUUUGGUUACACAGCUGAAAUCUUUAAAUUUGUGGUAGUCGUUAGUUUUUCCGACAGUACGCCAACGCAGCAUUAAAGCGACACUGGUGCCAAACUGGAUCCAGUUGGUAUUGAUCCAGAACCACAGACAGAGACUGAGGGAGGACAAUGUUUGAAAAUGUCCCGACAGUGUCCUCAGCGGAGCGUCAGCAGGUGCUGGGAGCUCUGGACCGCCUGCACUCCAAACUGGUCCAGAGGGAAGAGUGGACCCACAGUGACAUCCUGGGGAACCUGAGGGAGACUCUGCAGAGUCCACUGUUCAGCCACAUCCUGACCCUGCAGCAUUCCAUCAAACAGCUCCGAAACCAGUUGAGCAGUAUGCCUCCUGAUGCCUGCAGUGAGUUCAGUUUCUCCAAAAAGGGUCAGCUGAUCAUGAGUGCCGUUAAUUCCGCCAGCGGCUCAGCCCCGCCCACCCUGUCUGCCUCCUCCUCCAUCCUGACCAAUGGCUCAUCCCCGCCCAACCAGCAGGCUCCGCCCCCGUCUGACCUCCUUCAGCAGUGGAUCGUCGCCGCCGCCAAGGGCCGUCACACGGAGCUGGUCACUCUGACUCGGCCUCUGUCUGGAGGUCUGGGCUUCAGCGUGGUUGGUCUGAAUCCUGCAGGAAGCAGCAGCCAGGGAGUCUUGGUCAAACACAUCCAGCCUGGAGGCAUCGCACACAGGGAUGGGCGUCUCCAGGAGCGGGACCAGAUCCUGGUGAUAAACGGCAGUCCUCUGGAGCCAGGGAUCAGCCAACAGCAAGCCCUGACCCUCCUGCAGCAGCCUGGAGAGACGGUGGAGCUGGUGGUGGCCAGGGACCUCCCACCUAAUGAACCAUCACCCGUCACGCCCAUCAACACGGAUCAGUGGGGUCAUGUGGAGGAGAUUGAGCUGGUGAACGAUGGAUCUGGUUUGGGCUUUGGCAUCGUCGGGGGGAAGACGACCGGGGUGGUGGUCAGGACGCUCAUCCCAAACAGUGUGGCUGAUAGGGACGGCCGUCUCCGAACAGGUGAUCACAUCCUUCGCAUUGGGGCCACGCCCACCAGUGGCCUCAACAGUGACCAGGUCGUCAAGGUGUUGCAGGGGUGUGGGAGUCACGUGACCAUGCUUAUUGCCCGGGAUCCCCGAGGUCAGAGGUCGAAAGGCCCGCCUCCCCCACCACCACCGGACUCUGCCCCGGUCUCCUCCUUACCCCCCCGACCACCUGAACCGCCCCUCAGAUCUCCUGACCUGGUCCCCCAACGCCGGUUUAGCAAGACGCCCAACCUGGAGGGAUAUGAGAUCCACGAGGUUUCUCUCACCAAGAAGGAAGGCCAGAGCCUCGGCAUCUCCAUCAUCGGUUACAAUGCUCUGACCAGCCACGAUGCAGUAGGUGUGUUUGUGAAACAUGUUGUACCAGGCAGCGCUGCAGAUCAGAGCGGAAACAUCCGAGUCCAUGAUCGACUGAUAGCUUUGGACGGAGUCAGUCUUCAUGGUAUGACCAAUCAGGAGGUGCUGGAGGUGAUGAAGCAGACGGGUCAGACUGUGGUUCUCACAGUGGUCAGGAAGAAACCCAGAGCCCUGGAGAGGUCCCUGGACAAAGUGGAGAGGGAGCCGUCUCAUGUUUCACUGCGGAGGUCACUGGAGGUGAAGGCUCGCUCAUCUGGGUUUGGCUCCACAUCGAUGAAGCUGGAGCCAGUGUACUCCAACUCAGCACAGCUGACCCAGGCCACAGAGGCAGAACUGAGGGCUAAAUGGGAUCAGGCUCUUGGACCACUGUAUCAAGUCCUGGUAGUGAAGUUGGAUCCUGUCAUUGAAGAUGAUGCAGAGCUGCAGAAAUCCUCCAAUCUGUUGCCCGUUCACACUCUGCGUCUCGGUGUUGAGUUGGACUCGUUCGAUGGUCACCAUUAUAUCUCGUCUGUGGUCCCUGGAGGCCCUGUGGAUAGACAUGGAGUUUUGAGACCAGAGGACGAGCUUCUGGAGGUGAAUGAUGUCCAACUCUAUGGUAAGUCUCGUCGAGAAGUGGUGUCGUUCCUCAAAGAAGUUCCUCCCCCGUUCACUCUGGUCUGCUGCCGACACCCGACCUCUGAUCUGGAACCAGAACCAGAAUCUGAACGUGAGUCUGAACCUGAACUAGAACCAGUAUUACAGCCAGGACAUGGACCGGCAAGACAAUCACAGCCAAGUGUGGAGGAGAUCGAGCUGAAGCUGUCGUCGAUGCUCUGCAGUCAGACAGCACUGAGAGACGACAGCAGUGAACAGCAGCAGGCAGAGAGACAGGAGCAGACAUCCCCUGUGGAGGAGGUGCCGAAGGAGGAGAAGAUUCAACACAGCCAGGAGGAAGAAGAAGAUGAAGACGAGGCUGAGGAUGAAGAUGAAGAAGAGCUGGCUCUGUGGUCUCCUGAUGUCCAGGUGCUGGAGCUGCAGAAGCAGAGAGACAAAGGCCUCGGCUUCAGCAUCCUCGACUACCAGGACCCCUUAGAUCCUGGUCGCUGUGUGAUGGUGAUUCGUUCUCUGGUUCCUGGUGGCUCAGCAGAGCGUCAUGGUGGUCUCCUUCCUGGAGACCAACUGGUUUCGGUCAACCAGACCCAGCUGGACCUGCUCACCUUGGCCCAGGCCGUGGAGGUCUUGAAAUCUGCUCCACCUGGCAUAGUCCACCUGGGUAUCCGGAAGCCUCUCGUGGUGGAGGGACCAGAGAAGAGCAGGGAGGACAGCAGCCAGGUGUGUGUCAACAACACUCAGCUGCCUGAACCAAAGGGUUUCGAUGACAGCUCCAGCCUGCCUGUAGCCCUUCGACAAGAAGAAGAUGAGGAAGAGGAGGAGCCAGAGUUGAUCCUGGAUGGAGGUCUGCCUCGCUACACCACAACCUCCCUGACCUCGGACCUCCUGCCUGUAGAGGAGGGCAGGGAGAUGGCUGUGGACGAGGAGCAGGAAGAGGUGAAGACAGAGGAGAGAAAAGAGGAGAGGAUGGGCUCUCUCCCCAGGAAACCACCUCCGUCAUGGGAGGAGUGGAAGCGCUCAUCCUCUGGCUGGGUUGCUCCAGAGCAGAGCUGGAGAAAAGAGAAGCAGGAGGAGCUCAGAGAGGAGGAGGAGCAGGAGCUGCAGAGAUCAGGCUAUGAAAGCAUCACGUCUGUAGGAAAUCUGAUGCUGGCUCCUCCAGACUCCAGAGACAGUGAAGCAGACUCUGAGCUCACUCUGACAGACACCGACACAGAGUCUAACAGGAUGAUUGACAUGGAGAGGAGGAAGAGGCGGGGCCAAGGAGGAGCCUCUUUACCAAUCAGAGUAGGCCACAGUGAUCUCCCUGAAAGAGAGGAUGGGGAGGGAGAGGAAACUCCUGCUUUCAGUCACUGGGGACCCCCCCGCAGGGUGGAGGUGUGGCCUGAGGAGAACCAGUCUCUGGGUCUGAGCAUCGUGGGAGGUCAUCACGUCAUCAAGCGUCUGAGGAACGGAGAGGAACUGAAGGGAAUCUUCAUCAAGCAGGUUUUACCGAACAGCCCUGCUGCCAGGACACAGUGUCUGAAGACCGGAGACAAGAUUCUGGAGGUGUCAGGUGUUGACCUACAAGCUGCCAGUCAUGAGGAGGCGGUCAAUGCCAUUAAAUCAGCUCCAAGCCCUGUUGUCUUCAUCGUCCAGAGCCUGUCUGCUACACCACGGCCUGUGUCUCUAACAGCUCCCAGCUACAGCAAACACAAAGCAAAGAGGACAGAGUCUCCGAAACCUGGAGUAACCACACCCCCUCUGAGGCAGCCACCACCUUACAGACCUCCCAGCCAGACAGAGCACGAGCAGAAGUCUGACCUGGAGAAGGCCAAAGAGCGUUGGUGUGAGCGUUAUGGAGACCUGCGGGGGGAGCUGCUGUGCGUGGAGCUGGAGAAGGAGCGGCAGGGUUUGGGUCUCAGCCUGGCGGGAAACAGGGAUCGUUCCCGCCUCAGCAUCUUCGUGGUGGGACUCCAUCCUGGAGGACCGGCGGCUCGAGACGGACGCAUCCGGGUCGGAGACGAACUGCUGGAGAUUAACAACCAGAUUCUUUAUGGGCGGAGUCACCAGAACGCCUCGGCCAUCAUUAAGAGCGCCGCCUCCAGGGUGAAGCUCAUCGUACUCAGAAAUGAAGACGCUAUAAACCAAAUGGCAGUCCCCCCCUUCCCAACUCCCCCUCCUCCCCCUGUCCUGAGCCCCGUCAGCCCUGAGUGUAUACCUCCAGCUACUCCCGCUGUCCCCAACACCACAGAUGGACCCCGACCCCCUGACAGCCUGACGCUCCACCCGUCUCUGGACACACUGGACAAGACGAGCGAUGAAGCUGAGCAGAACAACAGGAACAGAAGCAGCAACAGUGCUCCCCAGAGUCUGAGAGAGGCCGACACCUUCAGGAAGAAGCCAAAACUUGCAGAGUCUCCAGAAAAUGAGCUGCAGGCCCCGGGGGCCUUGCUGGAGCAGCAGUCCUGCAGGUCAUACAGCAGCUCCAGUAAACAGACAGCAGCAUCUCCUCCUCUGAUCAGCCCCGACCUGCAAACCGCCAACAGAGACCCGUCAUGCUGUGCAGUGGUUCCUGGUCAGGAGACGGUGUUGGAGAUCUGUAAAGGUCGAUCAGGACUGGGACUCAGUAUAGUGGGAGGAAGAGACACACAGCUGGAUGCCAUCAUGAUCCAUGAGGUUUAUGAGGAGGGAGCUGCAGCCAGGGACGGGCGACUGUGGGCCGGAGACCAGAUACUCGAGGUAAAUGGUUUGGAUCUACGCGGUGCGUCCCACGAGGAGGCGAUCGCCGCCCUGCGUCAGACACCGGCGAAGGUUUGUCUGACAGUGCUGAGGGACGAGGCUCAGUACCGAGACGAGGAGAACCUGGACAUCUUUAAGGUGGAACUGCAGAAGAAGAGCGGCAGAGGGCUGGGACUCAGCAUCGUGGGGAAGAGGAGUGGCAGUGGUGUGUUUAUCUCUGAGGUGGUCAGAGGGGGCGCUGCUGAGCUGGACGGUCGUCUGAUGCAGGGAGAUCAGAUUCUGUCAGUCAAUGGAGACGAUACGAAACACGCCUCCCAGGAAACUGUGGCUGCCAUACUGAAGUGUGCUCGGGGUCCAGUUCUGCUGGAGCUCGGCCGACUCAAAGCUGCAUCCUGGAUCUCAUCCAGACGCAACUCACAGGGAAGCCAGAUGAGUCAUGUGAGUGGGAACAGCUCAGGUGUUGUGGCCCCGCCCCUCACACAGACUCCAACCUCGUCCGACCCCCCGACCUCCAACCCUCCAACCACGACCUCCCCUGGGCCCCUCAACAACAACAACAUGAAAUCCACACCUGACAUCACUUCCUCCUCUGCUCACAGCACAGGGGUAGAUGCAGGCAUCCGUACAGUGGAGAUCACAAGGGGUGUCAAUGACUCCCUCGGGGUGAGUAUAGCAGGGGGGAAGGGCAGCCCCCUGGGUGACAUCCCCAUCUUCAUCGCCAUGAUUCAGGCCAACGGAGUCGCCGCCAAGACGCAUCGGCUCAAGGUGGGGGACCGGAUCGCCAGUAUCAACGGUCAGUCUGUGGAUGGUCUGUCACACAGUGAGGUCGUCACCAUGCUGAAGAACAGCUACGGAAACAUCAGCCUGCAGGUGGUUGCAGACACCAACAUCAGUGCCAUCACCACUCAGGUGGAGAGUUUGUCCAACAGCUGCAGUCUGUCAGCCAACACUGACUCACUCACAGCAGAGCCAGAGGGUCCGCGGCCCCGCAGCAUCAGUCUGGAGAAAGGCUCUGAGGGACUCGGCUUCAGCAUCGUGGGAGGAUUUGGCAGUCCACAUGGAGACCUGCCGAUCUACGUCAAGACCGUCUUCAGCAAGGGAGCGGCGGCAGUGGACGGGCGCCUGAAGCGAGGCGAUCAGAUCCUGUCGGUGAACGGAGAGAGUCUGCAGGGGGCGACACACGAGCAGGCCGUCGCUAUCCUGAAGAAACAGAGAGGAACUGUCACACUGGACAUCCUGUCAUAACACACACACUACCACAUGCACACACACGCACCUGCAUGCACACACACAUAUGAAUUACCUGCACACGCACACACAUGAACACAGGAGCUCCUGUGACAUGUGACAGUUCAUGAUCUGAGAGACGGGAAGCGUGUGAUGCCUUCAAAACAUGCAAAAAAAAGGAACAGCAUGAGACGGUGCCAACGCACACACGCACACACACACACACACACACACACACACACACACACACACACACACACACACACACACACACACACACACACAGGUGGGUGAAACCACUGAUGUCUGACACAUUGAAAACCUCUGCAUGGCCAGCAUGAGCAGAGUUUCUCAACCUUGGGCUCAGGGCUACAUGUGGGGCCUCUCGAUGUGCAGAUGGGGUCAUGAGAAACAUCUGACGUGUUGAUGUAUGUUGGAGCCUGAUCUCUGCUCCCUGAAGGUUGUGAUGAGAUUCUCUGUUGGUUUCCUCUCAGUUCCUCUCCUCUUUGUCUCGUCGCUCUAUGUUGUUACACUACGCUGUUAAGGCCUCAGAAUAGGUGCAGAUUUCUUCUAUGGACCCUGCUCACAAAAAGCAGGAAGCUCUGUGGAUUUUUACGUUGGUUGGACAAAACAGCAUUUGAUUUGACCACCGUGGAUUCUGGGAAACAAAGAUGGACAUUUUCACUUUUUCAUGACAUUUCGUGUACCAAGCAAUUGAUCAAUAUUACAUGAUAAUGAAAUUAAUCAAUAGCUGCAGCUUACAGUUCAUCUUGUGGGAACAUGAAUGUCUGAAUGUUGUGAAAGUCCAUUAAAUAGAUGUUGAGACAUUUCAGUCUGAACCACAACUGUCGACCUCAUCACGGUGAUCAUGCCUGUGCAGGUUUUCAUUACUGAUCCAUCCAAACUGUGGAGAUUUAAGACGAGUGUAACAUUUGGACGCGGUGUCAUAAGUCAGAGAAGGUUGAGAGACUCUGUUGGACCUGCCACUGAUUCUGAAUCGAAAACAAAAGCUUGGUGGUGAUGAAGUCAGAUUUAAAUCCAGUCUGCGCUCGUUAACACAGCCUGACUCUGAGGGGACUGAGGACUGAGGGACGUUCGAGUCAUGGAUGAAAAGCUCCUGUUUAUAAUCCAGAAAAACAAAAGGGAAGCGUUGAUGAAGAGCUGAGAUCUUUGAAGCUGUUGCACACGUUAGCUUAGCAUUUCCACUGUGGUAAAAGACUGGUUAGCUGUUAGCCACUGAGUCGCUGUUCUUUUGCACAUGGAGAGUGUGACACUGGUCCUUCUACAAUCUCAUCAACAUCUGCCGUCAUCAGUGCACUAUCAGAGCAAAAAUUAUAGCUUAUUAGGCACCGCAUGUGGUCAAAAGUAUGUGGACGGCUGAACACCCCCUCCAUAUGUUACAGUGUGAUUGAGACAUCAAGUGCUAUAAUCAGCUGACGGCCUCCACUCGUCUGGUUUCAGUCUUUCCACCAGAUGUUGAGGGAGCUGCAGGGAUUUGAUCCUGUCAUCUGAGACACCAACGUGUCCUGUAGCACUAAGAUUUUCAUUCAGUGGAACAAGAGCACCGAACAAAGAGAAAAGCACAGCCCUGUCCACAUGCUUUUGGCCUUUCAGUGCAGUUUGCCUUUUUGGGAUAAGACUGCUUAUCGAUUCUGAUCACUGUAGUUGGUUUGUUUGAGUAAAAUUACAAACUUUAAGAAAUGUAUAUUAAUAUUUAACAUUUAAAAAAUGAUCAACAACAGAUUAAAAAACCUGACACUUUAGGUCCCCCUGUUUAUCCAAUAAUCACAAUAUGAUCAUAUAAUAAUUGCUUCAUUUAUCAAUAACCAGAAUAUACAGAUGCAGUAACUGGUCUCUAACAGACUGUGAUGCAGCUGCUUGUUACCAGCUCUAACUAACAUUAAUAAACACUUACACAUGUUCUUAUAGCUGCUCGCAGCUACAUCCCAGUCUGUUUGGAUGCUUUUAUUAAAUAUUUGAUUACUGCUUUUUGCUAAAUAGAGGGACUUAAAGUGAAGGGUUCCCUAAUAUUAACAUUGCAAACACUUUACAAAUGACUUUAAAGUUAUUUUCUUUGCUUCACUUUGUGUCAGUGAAAGUACAUUAUGAGUUCUUUUUUACGUUAGUUCAUGAAAUCCAGGUGAAUCCAGGUUUAAAGGUCCUGCACAUAAAUGUUGUCAGUGCUUCUGUCUAAUCAAAGCUCUGCUCAGUUUGAAAUCAGGAUUUAUGGAUAUGGUAGCAGUUUCCCCAGGAUGCGGUGAUGCAGAUGUGUACUCCAGGGUUUGUUGUGCACUGUGACAUCACCAAUGGACGUAGCCGCUGACAGACAGCAGCAUCCUUUCACUGUUGUAUGGUUAUCAAAAUGUUCCUCUAAAAACAUUAUACACACAAACAUUACAAACUUUGUCAUCAGAUUUAUGAUAAAUCAGAGAUUUCAGGUGUUAAAUUGUCUAAUUUAGUCAAAAAGCUUGUCAGUCUUACUUUAACGUGCCAUCAUAAAAAUUUCAGUGGUAAGCAUUUAAACUACAAACUUCAAUUUUUCUUCCAUUGUUAUUCAGUAAUGAAUCCACAUGACACUUAAAUGAACAUGAUAUAAAUAAAUCUUACAUACUGCUGUGACUCUCAGGGCUUGGAGACGCCCUGUCGCUCCUGGCAACAGAUACAGUGUCUUCCACUUGACUGUUUUUUGUGGAAAUGAUAAAGGCAUGAAUAAAAGCAACAGACAGACACUGAGUGAAAACCUCUGGUUCAGUUUCUUCCUCAGACUCAUGAAGAUGACUUCAGUUUCAUUAAUGUGGCCUGGUUAGCCUAGCUUAGCGCAAAGACUGGAAGCAGAGGGAAACUGUUAGCUCCUGUACAUCUCCUGCAAGUAUUAAAGAAUUUUAAUUUGUAAUUUACAGAUGAAAAUUAAAAACUGAUGAAUUUCUGCCUUUAAGUCACUUAAUUAAGGUUCACAUUAUGUGAGGUGGCUUUGUUACUUGGUUACAGGGAUGACUCCAGAUUUAGGGCUAAUUAAUGAAUCUUAAUUUUGUCUGCAGUGAUUAAUAUUAAAGCGAUUUCUGAAUUUUCACUGAUAGAAAAUUUGGGGAGUAUAAAAUGAGAAGAGGCUUUAUGUGACUGGGUAAAAUUCAAGCCCUUAAA